CUCAAUAUUUCGUUAAUACCAAGACUGAACUCUUUCAGACCCAAGUCAUCAGAAAUAUUGGUUUUUGAACGGGAUCUUCUGAACACAGUAAUGGAUAUUCCAUAAAAGACAAGGAAUUUCUUGAAAGCUAACUACAAUCGUUCAAGAGAUGCUUCUUUUAAUUUGGUACCUUGGAUGCAUUCUGGUGACUGCAGUACAAGCAUUGUCACCGCAUAUAAUUCUCAUCGUAGCGGAUGAUCUGGGUUGGAACGACGUGAGUUUCCACGGGUCGGAUCAGAUACCGACGCCAAAUAUCGACGCCCUGGCAUACAACGGCGUCAUUCUCAACAAUUACUACUCGCAAUCAACGUCUACAUCCUCCAGAGCGGCGCUGCUAACCGGCCGAUACCCCUUCCACCUGGGAAUGCAAGGAGAGUCCAUAAUGGCAGCGGAACCUCGAGGGUUGCCCCUGCAAGACAAAAUCCUACCUGAAUUCUUGAAGGACCUCCACUACGUCACAAAGGCCGUCGGAAAAUGGCAUCUAGGAUUCUACAAAAAGGAAUUCACACCAACAUACCGCGGCUUCGACUCCCAUCUUGGUUACUGGGGUGGAUAUAUAAGUUACUAUGAUCAUAUUCUACAAAACGUGUAUCCCGAAGGACAAAUCUUGAGUGGCUACGACUUCCGUCGAAAUAUGGACACGGCUUGGGAACUGGAUGGACAGUACGCCACAGACGUGUUCACAGAUGAGUGUGUUAACAUAAUCAGGAAUCAUAACAGUAGUAGCUCGCUGUUUCUAUACGUCGGCCAUCUGGCGGUGCACGCAGGCAAUGUCGGCAAGCCACUCGAAGCUCCCCAAGAAUCAAUCGACAACUUCAGAUAUAUUCCUGACCCGAAUAGAAGAACUCUCGCUGCCAUGGUAUCAAAGCUUGACGAGUCUGUUGGACAGAUAAUACAUGCUCUGGCAGACACAGACAUGCUGAACAAUUCCAUAAUCAUUUUUAUCUCUGACAAUGGUGCUCCAAGUGAGAACUGGGGUUCAAACUACCCCUUCAGAGGGAUCAAGCAGUCACUGUGGGAAGGAGGUGUAAGAUGCAUAGGUUUGGUUUGGAGCCCAAUGAUAAACAGUUCUCAGCGGGCAUCCAAUGAGCUGAUGCAUGUGACAGACUGGCUUCCUACACUGUUCAGUGCUGCAGGAGGAAAUCUGAGUGAACUUGCUGGCAAUUUUGAUGGUGUUGACCAGUGGAACAGCAUAAGUUACAAUGAGGCAUCUCCACGCAAACAGGUGCUACUGAACAUAGACGAAGUGAUGAAAACUGCAGCCAUUCGGGAUGGAGACUGGAAACUAGUCAUUGGAUCAUUUGGCACAAAUGGUUCACUGGAUAGAUAUUAUGGAGAAAGUGGUCGUGGACUGAGAAAUCCAGUUUAUAAUAUUUCAUCAGUUACAAACAGUACGACAUGGACAUCAACUGCACCAUACAGACGUACAGAUUCUGACACUGAGCUAAACAAACUACGGGAGUCGGCAACUGUAAAAUGCAGCUUUGACAGCCAGUAUCCAGAAACAGACUGCAACCCUUCAAUAACAAAGGAGCCAUGUUUGUUUAACAUUGUUUCAGAUCCUUGUGAAAUGCAUAAUUUAGCAAAUAUACAUGAAGCAGUUCUCAGACAGCUGUACCAUAUGUUAAUAAUUCAGAAACAGAGCUUAGUUCCUCAGUUAAUUAAACAACUGGACUUUAAUGGAGCAAACCCUGCAAAAUUCAACUAUACAUGGAGCCCAUGGGAAGACUGAAUAUAUGAUAAACUCACAAUAAUUAGCUACAGUACGUUAUAAACAAUAAUGUUACAAUUUAUAUGGAAUUGUAUAUUCCACUUGCAUUUAAUAUGAGCAGAGUUAACUGCUUAGCCAUUAAAGGUUAUCUGUAAACUUAA